GAGCUCCGAAACUUGUCCCUCUCUGGCCAUGUUGGAUUUGACAGUCUUCCUGACCAGCUGGUCAACAAGUCGACUUCUCAAGGGUUCUGUUUCAACAUCCUGUGUGUUGGUGAGACGGGCAUCGGCAAGUCCACGCUAAUGGACACUUUAUUCAACACCAAAUUUGAAAGUGACCCCGCUACUCACAAUGAACCAGGCGUCCGGUUAAAAGCCAGAAGUUAUGAGCUUCAGGAAAGCAACGUCCGGCUGAAAUUAACCAUCGUGGACACUGUGGGAUUUGGAGACCAGAUAAAUAAAGAUGACAGCUACAAGCCCAUCGUGGAAUAUAUCGAUGCGCAGUUUGAGGCCUACCUACAAGAGGAAUUGAAGAUCAAGCGGUCUCUCUUCAACUACCACGACACCAGGAUCCACGCGUGCCUCUACUUCAUUGCCCCGACUGGGCACUCCCUGAAGUCCCUGGACCUGGUCACCAUGAAGAAACUGGACAGUAAGGUGAACAUCAUCCCAAUAAUUGCAAAAGCUGACACCAUCGCCAAGAACGAAUUGCACAAAUUCAAGAGUAAGAUCAUGAGUGAACUGGUCAGCAACGGAGUCCAGAUAUAUCAGUUUCCCACAGAUGAAGAAACGGUGGCAGAGAUCAAUGCGACCAUGAGUGUCCACCUGCCAUUUGCCGUGGUCGGCAGCACCGAAGAGGUGAAGAUCGGCAACAAGAUGGCCAAGGCCAGGCAGUACCCGUGGGGCGUGGUGCAGGUGGAGAAUGAAAACCAUUGUGAUUUUGUGAAACUGCGGGAGAUGCUGAUCCGCGUGAACAUGGAAGACUUGCGCGAGCAGACUCACACCCGCCACUACGAGUUGUAUCGGCGUUGUAAGCUCGAGGAGAUGGGGUUCAAGGACACUGACCCUGACAGCAAGCCCUUCAGUCUUCAGGAGACAUACGAAGCAAAAAGGAAUGAAUUUCUGGGAGAACUUCAGAAGAAAGAAGAAGAAAUGAGACAGAUGUUUGUUAUGAGAGUGAAGGAGAAAGAAGCUGAACUUAAAGAGGCAGAGAAAGAGCUCCACGAGAAGUUUGACCUCCUGAAGCGGACGCACCAGGAAGAGAAGAAGAAAGUGGAAGACAAGAAGAAGGAGCUGGAGGAGGAGGUGAACAACUUCCAGAAGAAGAAGGCGGCUGCCCAGCUGCUGCAGACCCAGGCCCAGCAGUCUGGGGCCCAGCAGACCAAGAAAGACAAGGAUAAGAAAAAUGCAAGCUUCACAUAAAGCCUGGCAAGCCAAGGAUGGUCCCGCAUUCACCUGCUUUUGCAGUAAUACUGUAUCGCUGCCAUCUGUGUCCGUUUUUUUUUUUUUACCUUUCCCCAGAUACCAAUAACUCUUAACUCAUUUUGCUGAAUGUUGUUGGGUGCUGGAAAGUGAUAGAACAAGGGAAUGACAGCAAAAGCUCUGUGCAGCGGGACGUGGCCUCUGGAAGUAAAUGAGUUGCCUUUCAUGCCUGUUCUGAGUGGCGGCAGGAAGCAUGCCUGCUACUUGUAUGUUGCUUUGGACGGAGGGAAGGAGGGUAAAUUGCUGCACGUUCAUCUGACAGGAAAACUCACCGCCUCAGCAGCUGAACCAUAAACCUGAAUAUCCAUGACAACUUACUGUUUUUAAUUAUUCAUGAUGGCAAAAGCCCUGAAUUCACUCUCUGUCUCUUCUCCACACCCACCCCAAACCCAAGAUAGCUUUGCAUGUAGGCAGGCCGGUGGGUAAGCUGUAUGUGACUUUUAAACUUGCACGGAUUGCUCAUUGUUAUAAUAACAUUAUUUGGUCUGGGUUGUGGGUCUGUUCAGACUGACUGUCUCUGCUUAUGGCUUUAAAAAUGUGUCUGAACCCCUAUCUCUCAAAUUCUGGCCGAGUUGAACUGUCAGCAGAUCAAGGCUACACUGAUAAAAGUGAACAUACUCAUCGUUUCAUAAUCAGUAAUCUCAAAAGUCGGAUAAAGCAACUUUGCUUAGCAGAAGCUACUAAGGGUGAUAGAAUUAGCAAUCUUUCAUAAACACCGAAAUCUGCUCUCAGUGGGCUGAGAGGAGGACCUAACACCUGAUGCCAGGGACUCGGUACCUCCAAUAACAUUUUUCAAUAAUCAUGAGAAGAAAAUUUUCAGAAAUCCUUCAAAUAAAAAAUGUGUUGUAAAUUGUGUAUCAUCUGGAGCACAAAUUUGAGGGUGACUUGUCAAUUUCGGGUAGAAAUGGGAAGGAACAUCACACAAACCUACAAGUAAAAGAAAGUAGAAAUUCACCUUCACCGCCAACCUCCUUGCAUAGGGUCCUUUUGCUAUUUGGCAAUAAAGGGAAGAAAAAAUAUUACAGCUGGUCUUUCAAAUCCAGUUGUCUUGACGGAAUUUCCUCAACUUUCCUUUCACAAUUAGCUCACCUCCCUCUUCAUGCCAAUCCAUGAAGGUGAGGACUAACCCGUAUGCCAUGACAUAGGCUACCCCCCAUUGUUGUAUGGAAAUGGGCAUAUGUAAUCUUUUUUUAGAUAAGGCUUAUCCUUUCAUCUUCUUGAUUUUUCCCCCUCCUAAUAACAAGAUCCUACCAGCUUUCCCUCUAACUCUAUAGUCUCCUGUUCUUACAUGAAAGACUGCAUUUCUCAUGAACUUGAUGCUUUAGUAUUUUUUUCGGCAUUUUCCUUCUGGACUUACUAGUCCUACAUAAAUAGCAUAGAGUGUCCUGUACCUCCCCUGACACACACACACACACACAUUUUUAGGUCUAUAGAUGAUUCCAGUAAGGAUUAUUUUUCCCUUCUCUUGGUCCUCAGCCAUACUCUUAGGGGAAAGGAAUGGUCUUCCAUGAACUGAUUUGGCUAACGAAGCUGGGACAGAAACUGCAAACGAGGAGCAGCAUUAGUGAUACAGAGACAGGUGUCAGGGUAACUGGGCCAAGGUUUCUGUUUUUGUCUUUUUUUUUCUUCUUACGAUUCUAGUGUGAUGCUGGCUGUGGAGCAGCGGCUAUCGGAUGGCUUGCUGAUUCUAACCACGGGCUGAAUUUGCUCAUUUGCUUGCACCAGACAAAAGCUUGGAUCCUUGUGUUGUAUGCUUGUCCCAACCGCUGCUUGUGUGAGCUUUUCUGUGCUUUGUAACAGAAAACACACUUCUAAAUUCUCAAAAUGCAUCACUUUAAAAUCAUUUUUAGAGCAUCACUAAACCCUCUUUAAAGCGAGCCUAGCCAUGAACGGCGUCCAGCUGACUUUGAUUCCAAGAUUAUUGAUUGAUUUUUUCCCAUUAAAUUUUCACA